AGCGGCUCAAUGUCUUCAGACAACUCGCUGGCCGGAGAGGUGAUGGAUGUCCGUGGACGUUUGGAUGAGCCGCUCCUCUCCCCCGACACCUCCCCGGGCUUCCUUGACCAGGCCUCACGGGCGCCGCCUCCUGUGGCGGCGGAUGGCACCUCUAGUGAGGUUCUGAAGAAGAUCGCGCUCUCUUGUGGGGGUCGGCUGAUCGACGAGCUGCAGGGACCCGAGAGCCAUGCGCUCUUUGAUGUGACCCUGGAGCAUGCAUUGCGUCUCUACGAGGCGUGCACCGAAGAUGAGGGAAGAGCAGUUGCUUGCAGCAGCCUUGCCUUGGGGGAGCGCCAGGAGACGCCCAAGUCGCCGGGGCGGCCCUGUAAGCCCUUCCGAGCCCCGAGCUUGGAGAUGAGCCUCGCCAAGAAGGCGGACGAGCUGAAUGCUGGCAUGGAUGUGCUGGCCUUGAAGAAUGCCCUCGAGUCGGAAGGUUUCAAGGGCCUGGACCGAGAGCCGCUCUUCCAAACGCUGUGGAAGUCUCUUGGACAAGAGACCAUCGAUGUACAUAGUUUCCACAGGGUGUUGCGGCAGCUGAAGUUGCACCUGCUCUGCAGCGGCGAGGACGACUUCGUGGAGGAGCGGGGCUUCUUCGGAGUGGUGGACUGGAACCAAAGGGUGGUCUGUGAGCAGUACUUCACCAAGGUGGACCAGUCACGGAUCUUCCUGGGACACCGCCUGGGUGGCAUGAAGAUGCGCUGGGUGCAUUGCAGUGCCGUCAGCAAGGUGACGAUCUUACGUCUGGCGGUGAAGUACCAGCUUCAUCCACUCCCGGUGGAAGACACCAUCCAGUUGCAGCAGCAGUCGGUUCCCUUGGUGCGAAGAUAUGGAGACAACUUCUUCAUCAUCCUUCCAAUGCUCAGGCUCACCACGCCUUCGCGGAAUGCGCUGGCGGCCUUUCACGGGCAGGUGGAGGGGCAACCCGAACUGGCCAGGCAGACCACCAACCAGGACGAGUUGUUGGAUCCUGAUUCCGGGACCGCUUUCGAGGUAGAGAUCGAGCAGGGGCGCCUGGCGCUCUUCGUGGCCGGUGCCCCGAAGUUCGAUACUUUGAUCAGCUUCCAGACGAACUGGGUGGUGCACAAGAGCGAGGACGUGGAGCACGGGCAUCAAGCCUUGCCCGUGGCCGGCGCUCGCAGGUUCUGCCGGCGCCGGCGGGCCAACUUCAACUUCCGGAGCUCCCGUGCGCUCAUUCGCGACGGCUCGGCGAGCUGCCGCAGCCGUGCGGAUUCCGCCUCCUCACCAAGGACGCCCAGCAUGAGCGCCGACAUCGACUUCGAGGACGCGGAGGGCUCCGACGCGGUGCCCUUCGACGAUGACGCCACCGAGGCCUUCGACGGCAUCGUGGAGGAGAUCCAGAAGGACAGCUCUAUGCUCCGCUCGGGCAACGCAGCCUGGCUCAUGUGGCGCGUCGUCGAUGUGAUUGUGGAUGAGAUGGAACCCAUCCUGUCAGCCUUCCGCGCUCGUCUCCAGUGGUUUGCGGCACACAUCGCCAAGCGCCGAUCGAAGGCCGACAACGAUGUGGAGAAGAAGCUGCUGUGGACGCGUGUGGAGUUGGAAUGGGUGCAGCGCAAGGUGCGGCCCAUGAUCCGAGUGGUCCGACACAUGAUCCACGAGAAAAGCAUCGAAGCGGAUGUGACGCAAUACCUGGAGGACGUGGAGGACCAUUUGGAAACCUAUUUAGAAGAGAUCAGUCGCAGCAUUGGGGUCUGCGACUCGCUGCGAGACCAAGUGCGAAGCCUGCGGGAUCGCGAUCAGCAAGGGGUGCUCUACGCAUUGGCGCUGGUCACGACCAUGACCUCUCCCAUGCAGCUCUUGUCGUCGAUGUAUGGCAUGAACUUUGUCAACACCAUGAACCAGCCAGUCGUGCCAGGACUGGGCCCGAUGGAAGUCAAGCGCGGCUAUUCGCUGUUCUGGGGAUUGGGCGUGGCCAUCGUCUCAACGAUCUACAUCAGCUUCCGCUUCGUCUUAAAAUGGAUGUAAUUCGCGAACGGGCCAAGCGAUGGAUCGGGGGGAGUUGAUUCACUCAGCCGACUUCACUUGGCAUUUUGGGUGUUCUCUC